CAGGCGCCGCACGUCAGCCCCCGUCGGGCAGGGACAAGUCCGGUACACUCCUCCACACCCGUGCAGGACCCCACGCAGCAGAAAUCGGCAGCGCUGUGGUCGGGAGAGCGGUUCGAUCAGCGCGGUCCGAAGCCCGAACAUCUUGGACCAGAGCGGCGGCUCUCGUACCCUCGGAAUAGAGCAUGUUGAACGUCUAUCUCCACAUCGGCUGGAUCUGCACCUGCCUGGCAUCUGCUGCCAUUCUGCAAGAGGCAGCGACAGGUAACAGGUACGAGAAGGCAGUGAACAUGAAGAAGGUCCAACACCAGCCAGUUGUCCGGGGAUUAGCAGACUCUGCCUUGCUGCCCUGCGUUUUCUCAGUGCUCCCCAGUUCAACCACUGACCCCUCGCUGCCCCAUGACCCUCCUCGGAUCAAAUGGACCAAAGUGUCACUCGAAGGUGGGAGCAGUAAGGAAGUUCUCAUUCUGGUAGCCAAGAACAACACGGUGAAGCUGAACCCAGCCUACAAGGGCAGGGCCAGCCUGCCUGGCUAUGGCCCCUUCCACUACAACGCCAGCCUGCAGAUCGUGUCUCUGCGAGCAAGUGAUGCGGGUGUCUAUCAGUGUGAGGUGGUCGUGGGCAUGGAUGAUGAGCAGGACACCGUGCCACUGCAGGUUAUCGGGACCGUGUUCCACUAUCGUUCCAGCAACAACAGGUAUGCAUUAACUUUCAAGGAAGCUACACAGAUCUGUCAGCAGAAUUCGGCCACAAUGGCCUCACCCCAGCACCUCCUGGCUGCCUUCCAGGAUGGGUUCAACCACUGUGAUGCUGGCUGGCUCUCUGACCAGACUGUACGGUACCCAAUCAAGACACCAAGACCUGGUUGCUAUGGAGAUAAAUUUGAAUAUCCUGGCAUCAGAACCUAUGGGAUUCGGGAUCCGGGUGAGCGCUAUGAUGUCUACUGUUACAUCAAGGAACUGAAAGGCUCUGUGUUUCAUGAAUCAGCCCCUCAGAAGUUGAACCUCUCGGAGGCAAGGCACCAGUGCCUGAUCGAGGGGGCAGAGUUAGCCACCGCUGGCCAGCUGUACUUGGCGUGGAGCCAAGGCUUGGAUCGUUGUGAUGCGGGCUGGCUGGCUGAUGGGAGUGUGCGUUAUCCUAUCAACAUUCCCAGGAGGAAUUGUGGUGGAGGUGUGCCAGGAGUAAGGACAAUUUAUCAACUCCCAAACAGGACAGGCUUCCCUGACCCUGGUUCCAAGUACGAUGCCUAUUGUUUCCGAGCUGCUGCUGUCCAGCCAUCCAGUGCUGUGAGGAAUCACUCGACGGGGAGCCAAGAGCAGUGGGCUGUGGCAGAGGAGGGCAGUGGAGGGCACCCAGAGCUGGCGCUGCCCAUGCCCCGUGGCUUCACGCUGAAAACCCCCACACAACAACAUCUGGGCAGCAGGCAACCUACUCCAGUGAGGCCAGGCCACUCCAGGCAAUUCCACAACUCUGAGGAAGAAGGUCUGAAUGACCGGUCCAGCCCCAGGCCACUGCCCACAGCCCCAGGAUCGAAGCAUCAUACCUGGGCAGUGCCGACUCUGGAGAUGUGGGGCCCUGCAGCUUCUGCCUCCUGGCCUGACCGGACAGCUGACCCGCGGCCUGUAGAGACUCAUCCCGUGGCAUUGUUAGACCUCAAGGAGUCAAACGAGCUACCUCAGUCAGAGCAGUGGCCUGCCACAGGGAAGAAGCAGGUGCAGGGAAGUGUUGUGGUAGCCAGAACAGAGACAGUGACCCUCACCGGACAGUUCCGUGAGCCUCCACCAACCCCCACUGGACUGCUCCAUCAGCCGCCACCGACACCUACUGAGACCAGCAGCCUCGCCACAGGACGACUGACUACAAAAGACCAGGCAGGGGAGAGACCGGGCAGGCUAACAUCCAUGGAGCCAGUUACUACUGAAGCAAGGAGAACAGAGAACAUGUCCGCAGAGGGUGACGAGGAAACCAGUGCAUCGGUCGGCGAUGAGAAAAUGGACGCGGCAAAAAUUAAACGGGCCGGUGAGGAGGACUGGAGGGGUGGAAGCGUAAAGCCACUGCAGCCACUGGCGACGGUGGGAACCAUCACUGGGAGUGAGGUCUCACUGACUGGUGCCAAUGUCACUCCCCAAAACCAUGGCUCUGUGCUCACAUCCAGUACACCCACGGAGGUUGGCAUGGAAGCUUCCGGAGACACAGCUUUCAGAGACGAUCUAGAAUAUCUUUCAGCACUAAACCAGGAAGCCGAGACUGGCAGGAAGAAAGGAAGAGAAAGUUCUCAUCAGUCAAUCAGCCUUGGUGUAGGGGCAGUGGAGAGGCAGAGCACCAGCCUGUUCCCAUUUCCAAACCCCAGUGAUGGGAACCACAGCUCGGCCGAUGAUGGGAGGAAGAUCUUACCUCUGUCUUACCCUCCGUCUCCCCCUCCGUCUCCAGACAGUGACAGCAAUACCAGUGGGGAGCUCACCGACAUCUUGUUCUCUCCGACUGGGCAGUCUGCACCGGCACAUCACUCUCCAGAGGCAGUUAGUGUGUCCACAGUAACUCUGGAUCUGGGUGGAAGUGAUGAGGAAGGAAGCAGUGUACAGGGGGAGCAUAGCCAGGCUUCGUCCAUCCAGGAGGGAAGCCAAUCACAAGCUGAGGAAGUGCCUACCUUCACAAGGACCCUGGCACCACUCCCAGCUUCCAAGGAGGGACUUUAUGCCAGCACACUGGCAGUGGAGGAGAAGGCUGAGAGUUCGAUACAGCGUCCUCUGUUCUCUGGGGCAGGUGUUACCCCAGCACCAGGUGAGAGGCAGCAAAGGGUGAGAGUGAAACUGGAGCAGACGUACUUGAUGCAGUUCGAGCAGGAGUCGGAGACCCUGGAGGAGCUGGCUGGAAGCCAGCCUGAUAUGAAGGAUAUUCCACAUGUGAAGACUGUCAGCCCUCAGUCCCUGAUUGCGAUGCAGCAUGAAGCAGGUUAUUUAGCCCACACGGGCUCACCGCAGGCUUCAGUUGGAAGCAGGCAGGUAAUGACUGAAGCCUCUAGCAGAGGUAGGAGCAAUCACGCAUCUACCACGGGCAGCUCAGACGCGGGAUUAUUGCCACACACUGAGCAACUUGUCAAGGACCUUCUCACAGCCCCUGGUGGACCCACAGACCCCUCAGAGCUGCUAACUUUGUCUUCAGGUAAUGGGUCCAUGUUGUUAGUCCCAGGACCAACCCUGGCCAUGAUGAGAAACGUUUGGCCAACCCUUACAAUUGCAGAAGGAGCAAAGGAGCAAAUGGACACUAGGGAAACCUCUGGUGUGAAUCCAGCAGCCAGGUUGGAAGCUCACAUUGUCAAAGGAGCAAAGGGAAUAAUUCAACCGAUCACAACAGAGCCCAUUACUGCACAGUCGCAAUCCCCAUCUACGCUGGCCAGUCCACCAGAACUAUUACCUGCAGCAACAAGGUUGGGCACAGUGGAAGAGGAGGGUGGGUUAAUAAGUGUGGGGAGGCUGAAUGCUGCCGAUGAGGGCUCUGCUUUCCAGGAAGGCCCUGAGAUCUUCACCUCUAUUCCAUUUCCCAUCUCAUCCUAUCAGCAAGAGUCCGCUCGACAUGAAACCAGAGAGCCCGUGGUGGGAUUGGCCCCGCACCAGAUCCAGGCGCAGUCCUCUGAAUCCAGACCGGCAUCAGCAGAUGACACAGGCGAGGGCUCUACCAUGCUGGAACAGACACUGACCAUCAAGGAUCUUCUCAACUCUGCUUCGGGGCAAGUUGCAGAGGUCUGGACAGUCGCGCCUGGAAACGCAAGUGCCAGCGGUUCCGAUGAGGAUUCAUUCUAUCUUGGACCAGAUGAACCAGACCCUUGCCGGACAAACCCCUGCCUCCAUGAGGGAACCUGUUUGUCUAACAGCACAAUGUACACCUGCGACUGCGCGGCUGGCUUCACUGGAGAGAACUGUGAAAUUGAUAUUGAUGAAUGCCACUCCAGCCCGUGUGAGAAUGGAGCCACUUGUGUCGAUGGAACCAAUUCCUUCACCUGCCUCUGUUUACCCAGUUACACUGGCAGCCUGUGCGAAGAAGAUACGGAGGGCUGUGAUCACAACUGGCAGAAAUUCCUGGGACAUUGUUACCGGUACUUCUCUCACCGACGCCUGUGGGAAAACGCGGAGAAGGACUGCCGCUGUCACGGAGCUCACCUGGUCAGCAUUCACUCUGUCGAGGAGAAGGAAUUCCUGAAUGGGCUGAGUCGGGAGUACGUCUGGAUCGGUCUGAAUGACAGGACUAUCGAGGAUGACUUCCAGUGGACAGAUGGCACCCCUUUGCAAUAUGAGAACUGGCGGAUAAACCAACCUGACAGCUUCUUCGCAGGAGGCGAGGACUGCGUGGUCUCCAUCAAACACGAGAACGGGAAGUGGAAUGACGUUCCCUGUAACUACAACCUACCCUACAUCUGUAAAAAAGGCACAGUCCUGUGUGGCCCCCCACCCCCAGUGGAGAACGCCAUAGUGAUGGGGCGCCGGAAGGCCCGCUACGAGAUCCACUCGCUGGUUCGAUACCAGUGCCAGGACGGCUUCACCCAGAGGCACAUCCCCACCGUCCGGUGCCACAGCAGUGGCAAGUGGGACCGGCCUAGGGUCGUAUGUCUGAGCCGAGCAUCUGGAAAUCGCAGGUCGCCGAGGCACCAGCACAAAGGCAGCAGGAAGGAGAAGCGAAAGCACAAAAAGCAUCUCGAGUCACUUCGCAUGGAGAUGAAACACUUCUACUGAGCAGGGGUGUCCUGUUGUGCAAGAGCAGGUGCCCAGCACAAGUACAGGACACUAAAAUCCUGCAAGAUGUUUUGUUUGAAAACCACCCUUGGGGCGGCUGAAAGGGUUGUUUUUAGUUUGCGAGAGUUAUGUCACGUAUUUUUCUAAAAAAAUAAUUGUGGAACCUAAAGGUGAAAGUGUUGAUUGAGAAUCAGUACCCAGGCGAAUGUCCCUGGGCUACUCGUGUUCAGUAUGCAACGUGGGUGAACGAUUAGCCAAUAAUCCUUUCAAAAAGGCACGUAUUAAUUUUGAAAAACUGAUUAUAGAUGGGGUUGGUUUAAAAAUAGGUGCUGGAUUGAUUAGUUCCUGUAAAACCCCUCACACCACUCCCUAACAGAUCCCCUGUCCUACCAAUAACAGACCAGUUAAUGCAUUGUUUCUGAACUCAUUAAAACAAUUAAUUGAAAACAGGUUAACACGUUAUUGUGGGAAUGCCUUUAAUGAGUGUUGCUCCUGUUACAUUGCCCAGUGUGGUUUCAAUGAAGCCCCAAGGAAUUAGUCAGAGUUCAGCAAAACUCCCCGGUCUUCGGAGUGGAAUGGAUUACAGGCAAACGCUUCAUUAAUGCCAGCACUUCCUUCUCAGUGAGACUCUUUGUCCAGGCAUGCUAACUCGGCUAAAUCCAAGAACUAGCGCAGGGAUUUCCCUGAUUGGGUAGAGCGAUGGUAAUUCCCGCUGGGUUCCUCUCAUGUGAUAGUUCACAUUGUUGAACUACUAUGGUGCCUAGAAACUCAGGUUACAACUAGUUACUGUUUCACAUCAGUGACCAUUGGUCCGGUGAAAUAUUAACUCUGGGUCUUUGCUUAUUUUCAACAUCUGUAGCGUUUUGCCGUGUUACAACGAUCCAGGAACAGGAAUUCAAAUCCCACUGGAGGGACUAGGGAAUUUACCCUUAAUUAAUUUCAUAAACCUGGACUGUAAGUGUCAGGAAAAGGCUGAUGUGCGAGUACACUGACAUCGUUUACGGAUGAGACUCUGAGACUAAGCAGAAUUAGGAAUGGUCAGUAAUACUGAUCAUCUUACCGAUAACUCUCUUCCUGUGCACAUGACAAUAAACUUCAGCUGACGAAUGCCCAGGUUCCUGAAAGAAAAGAAUUACCAGCCAUGGACAAGAAAAAGUGUCCCUGGUCUCUGAGGAGUGGUCACAGGUAUCCAUUUGUCUUGCACGGGGGUAGUUAAGCUCCCUUAUUUACCAGGUCGGAGCAAACUUUUGUCGAGAGAAUUGGAAGGAAAUUUUCUAAAGUGUUUUAUACAAAAGUAAUAAGCUCUCCUUAGUCUGGAGGUAUAAUGAAAUGACUGAUAAAUUUCAUUAUAGGAUGGACAAUAGUCUGCUCAGUCACUGAGGCUGAAUGAGUUACAGGGUUCAUAACGUACUAAUUGAGGCUUUGGGAUUCACAUCUCUGACUACGUGGCCCCAGUGAGAGCACAGGAAUUCGCAGGGAGCUAUCAGAAACACAGGGUGCCAGGGGGAGAAAGGCUAUUGAAUGACAGUGUGAAAGAGUUGGAUUAACAUCAGUGGGGAUACAGUCAGUGACACAGGUUCCUGGGGGAGGGGAUUACUGAGGGAUGGUGGGUGAGAGAUUUGGAUUUAUGUCAGUGGGGAUACAGUCAGUGACACAGGAUGCUGGGGAAGGGGAUUACUAAGGGAUGGUGUGAGUCAAAGAUUCAAAAUGCAUUUAUUAUCAAUGAAUGUAUAAAUUAUACAGCCUUGAGAUUUAUUUGCUUACAGUCAGUUGUAAAGCAAAGAAACCAAUUAAAAAAAUAAGACCAACCCCAAGUGCCCACAGAGUAAGAGAAAAAACACAAAACAGAGGGAUCCAACCUUGUCUGACUCUCGCCAUACUGCUUUCCAGUCUAUCUGGGCCAGCGUUUAGAUGGUCCAAACAGCGUAUUGACCUCACGUUAGGACCUGGACCUCACUGCAGGCCAAGAACACACACCCAGAGAUUCACUUUGAGCCUGGAUUUCGCUGCCAAAGACCUCUCCAAAUUGGCUUUGUGCUUAGAUCGAUCCAGCCUUGCACCCGGGCCAUUGGAACUCCUCUGUUCCAUCUUCUCUCCCCCUGAGUCGUUCACUCCAACCAGCAUAGCUCCAGCUCCGAUUGCCUACCAGCAGGGCAUAUCUUACGAGUUCACUUUGCCUUCACUUCCCUCUUAGUUGUUUGCGGUGAUAGUUUACCAAAAUUUACUUUAAAAAUGUGUUAUUAAUAAUGUUUUAAAUAAAAUUCCUUUGCUUUCGAAGUACCAGUGUGCUUUUGCACGUCUUCAGUAGCACCAUCUUAAAGGGAGCUGAAUUGACAUCAGUGGGGAUACAGUUAGCAACACAAGGAAAGGAAGAUAUUAGAGGUGUGAUUAUUGGUGACUAAGAUAUUGCUUUUGAGAUUGAGGGGAGUAUUCAAGUCAUGGGUUUGGGUUAUGGCAGGUAUCCAUGAAGUAUGCAAUCCAUUCCAUGGCACCGGGAAUUAUCAGUGAGGGUAAAAAUAUAUCACUGACCAGUCAGCACCUGAAUGUGGCCAAAACAGAACGAUAAAAAAACAGGAGAUGUGUGUCCUCACACUCCACUGGUCAGUGGUCACCAGCUCCAGCUUCCAGCACAUGUCCCUCCUGAUAUCCUAAGCCUGCUGGUUUUGACCUUGAACAUGACUUCAACCCUUCAUCUCAUUAACCUGCUCUACUAUCAACAAAAUCAUGGCUCAUUCAAUUGUACCUGCAGUAACCUUUCACCUGUCACUGAUUAAGUAUCUAUUCAUCUCUUCUUUGAAGAUGCUCAGAACUGUUGCUUCCACCACUGAGAUUGAGUUUCAAAGACUCAUGGCCUACUGAGAAAAUAACUUCUUGGUUCUCCUUUAAAGGGAUACAUAUCUCAGGAUCUUGUAACUUUCAAUUAAGUCCUUGAUACUUUUCCAAACUCCAGCAAAUUCCACAUACCCAACCUUUCUAACACAGCUAAGAGAAAAUCUGCGGAUGCUGGAAAUCCAAAAUGCACAAAAUGCUGGAGGCAGCAUCUAUGGAAAAAAGUACAGCUGACAUUUUGGGCUGAGACCCUUCAUCAGAA